UUCUCGAGUCAUGCAACAGUGUUCCGCAAACACACACAUCAGCCAAAGGUAAACCUACUUUAGGAACUUCACCACCUGUGCUGUGAACUUUGCGACGGAUAAGAGCAAGAAUGUGAUAAUGAAUAAUUUAAUUUUGAAACUGGAACUGUCGUAGAAAACUUCAAAUUAAUGACUUUAGAUCAGUUGUCAGUGAUUCCUUAAGUGUGAUGCAAAGCUGUCACCUGGUGCGAUAUUCCGUAUUCCGAGUGAUUCAAGAAUUCCGAUUCAGCUCUUUCCAUGAAAGAUCCUUGGCAGUGAGUGACUUGUGGUUUGGGGAAAUCAAUGAAAACACCUCACCUUAAGGCUUCUAACUUUUCGUUUUCGUGAAUUUUAAUUGUUAGCCGUAAUCACGACAUUUGACGUCGUCGAAGAUGAAAGAGGUUAAUUCAAGCAGGAGUAACCUCAUCAGUUCGGACGACGAGAAUGAAAACAUCGACGGAAAGCCGUCAAACACACCAGAAGCCAAAGCAUCAUGGAUUUACAGAACUUUCAGGAAAAGAACCUGCCAUUGGUUUAUUCCGUCCACCCAAAAUGAUUAUAGAUGCUGUUGUGGGCGCUUGAAGCAGCACCAUAACGGUGAAGCAUUGCUGUCGACUGGUAAAGCAGGAGACAAAUGGCAGGUAUUUAAACAUACUAUCACCAAACCAACCAAUGCCUAUGGAGAACUAGAAUUUCAAGGAGCCGGACAAGUCAGCCGAGCCAAGUAUAUCCGUGUAUCUCAGGACACAGAUCCUGAAAUGGCUCUGCGCCUUCUCUGUAAGGAAUGGAAGCUGGAGCUUCCCAAGCUUCUUAUCUCAGUGACUGGGGGCGCAAAGAAUUUUGUGCUUCAUCCGAGACUGAAGCAAGUGCUGCGACAAGGCCUUCUUAAGGCCGCGCAAACCACAGGAGCCUGGAUCAUGACAGGUGGCACGAACACAGGUGUGAUGCGUCACGUUGGGGAGGCUGUGCGAGGUCACACAGUUAUGUCACGUGGUGCUCAACUGAAGGACAAUACCCAACAAGUUCAUUUGAUUGGCAUAGCGACCUGGGGAAUUGUGGAUCACAGAAAAAUUCUCGUCGGUAAUCAGGAUGUGGUGUCUUAUCAGAUGACAUCCAGUAAGAUGUCACAAGGUGCAUGCCUGGAUAACAACCACACACAUUUUAUUUUAGUUGAUGAUGGCACGAUCAAUAAAUUUGGAGGAGAGAUUUCUUUUCGCGCAAGUCUUGAGAACUGUAUAUCACGAAAACAGAUGGAGAAAUCAUGUGAGCGAACGCAUGGUGUACCUGUGGUACUGCUCGUUCUAGAGGGAGGCCCCAACACCAUUCGCACAGUCUUAGAAUCUGUUGGAAGGAGUCCUGCUGUACCAGUGGUUGUUGCCGAAGGAAGUGGUAGGGCGGCAGACAUCUUAGCGUAUGCUCAUCGCUUCAUUUCUCAGAGUAGCUGUGAUGGAGACCUUCAGGAAAUGGUGGAUGUUGUGGAACAUCAUCAACUGUUUGUAAAAAUAGAAAAAGCUUUUCCUGAAUGUGACGAGGAAGAAUGUCUGAAGAUCUACGAAAAUGUCCUGAGAUGUGUAGGAAACAAGAGAUACAUCACAAUUUUCAGUGUGAACGAAGAUGGGAUGGAUAUUGACCGAGCAAUUUUGAGAGCACUUUUAAACGGUCACAGUGCUUCGCCGUCCCACCAGCUGAGUCUGGCUCUUAUAUGGAACAGAGCUGACAUCGCUAAGUGCGAAAUCUUCAAGGAGGAUCGUAAAUGGGAGAUUUCGGUAUUGGAGAGCGCCAUGUUUGAGGCUUUGGUGAAGGACCGUGUUGACUUCGUUGAUCUUCUCUUGGAGAAUGGUGUUAGUAUGUCGUCGUUCCUCACUGCUCGCCGUCUGGAGGAACUUUACAGAGUUAGGGCAACAAAGAGCUUCACACUUUAUCGACUCUUUGGAGGGAAAAAGGCUCUUAAAUCCUUCAAACUUGGAGACUUAGCAAGUGUCACUGAACGGCUGUUGGGAAUCAGCUUUGUUCACCAUCACAAAGAAUAUGGAUCGAUCAAGAAGGGUAUAGGAAUGGCGAAUAUGAAAAUGUUUAUGUCAACCGCAGACGAAAGCUACUUUGGCGCAGGGUUCAAGUUACCGUACAACGAGCUCUUAAUAUGGGCAGUACUCUCUAAUCUCCACAAAAUGGCACUAUUUUUGUGGGAAAGAGGUGAUGAGAACCUUGCCAAGGCCCUUGUGGCAGGCAAAUUAUUUAAGGCUCUCGCAGAGGAGAUGGCAAAAGAGGAAUUGAAGGCAGAUAUAACAGAGGAACUCGAAACUCAUUCACGUGAGUUUCUGGGUAUUGCUUUGGGUUUACUUGAUGAGUGUUAUCGCUCAAAUGAAGACGUGGCACAGCAGUUGUUGACUUACAACUUGGACAACUGGGGAGACCAGUGCUGUCUGUCACUUGCUGUUGCCACAGGGCACGAGGAGUUCGUUGCCCACCCAUGUUGUCAAACCCUGCUAACUGAGAUCUGGAUGGGAGCCAUGAAAAUGAGCGAAUGGUGUUCAGUCAAGACCGUUCUGGGCGUCCUGAUUCCACCUACAAUUGCAUUCUUAGAGUUUAAAAGUAAGAAAGAACUGUGUCAAAUGCCAGUCACAUUCGAAGAACACGAACAAGGGCAAACCGAGAAAGGCGAAGAGGAGACUGGGAAUGAAGAAAAAUCUAACGGAGACACCGCAGCGCGCUUCUCCAAAACAGAUUCACAAGUACAUCUCAGAUCAUUCUCGCCCUCCAGCCGUACAGAAAGCACGGACUCUCUGAGUGUGAAAAAGCGAUGGAUGGAUGCGUCUGAGAGUCCUAUGGUAGAUCCCAGUUUAGGACGGAAGCUGUUCGAUUUUUAUCGGGCGCCCAUCACCAAAUUUUGGGGAAAUGUGAUUGUCUACUUCAUGUUCCUGAUUUUGUUCUGUUACGUUAUUUUAGUUCGUCUUCCUGUGACCCCCCCUCCCCAAGAAAUCAUCCUCAUCAUAUUUGUAUUUACAUUGUUUACAGAGGAAGUAAGACAGGUGCUUCAUUCGGAGUCUAAGAGUCUACUCAAGAAAUUUAAAGAAUGGGGUUCCUGCAAAUGGAAUUUGUGUGACGGUUGUGCCAUUCUGUUAUUCUUUGUUGCUGCUGGUUUUCGCUUGAACCCAGAAACUCUCAAAAUAGGUCACAUUCUUUACUGCCUCGACAUCAUGUUGUGGAUCAUCCGCGUUCUCGACAUUUUCUCGUUUAGCAAAGUGCUGGGACCGUACGUCGUCAUGAUUGGUCGAAUGACAAUCGACAUGACGUAUUUUCUGCUUAUCAUGGUGGUGUUCCUGAUGGCGUAUGGUGUGGCGCAACAAGCCAUCUUGUUUCCCUACGAAUCGGGUUCUUGGAACCUCAUUCCCAAAGUUUUCUUCAGACCUUACUUCCAAGUCUAUGGCGAACUGUUCAUCGAAGAUACCAGCCAUGAGGGUCAAAACAGCACAGCGUUCAACACACCUCGUUUUGAUGAAUUUGGUGGAACGCUCGUCACUGUUAUUAUGGCGCUGUAUCUGUUGGUCGCCAAUAUUCUACUGCUCAAUCUCCUCAUUGCCAUUUUCAACAACACGUUUUCCUAUGUUCAAGCCAACUCAAACCAGAUCUGGAAAUUCCAGCGGUAUCAGCUGAUCAUGGAGUAUACGCAUAGACCUGUGUUGGUGCCUCCGUUUAUUAUCAUCAAUCAUCUGUAUCUCAUUUACAAAGCUUGCUGUAGACCGCGGUGUUGUGUCAAGAAAAGCAAACUGAAACGGAAAAGGGCAGACAAAAAACUAAAGCUUUUUCUGGAGAGGCAAGAUGUACAUAAACUGAUGUUGUUUGAAGAACAAUGCGCUGAAAGUUAUUUACAACAAAAGGACACGCUGUUCCAUGCUACACCAGAAGAAAGAGUGAGAGUCAUUGGAUUUAGGGUUGAAUCCAUCAAUAAUCACAUGAGAGAGACAACCCGGGAAAAUGAAACAAAAGUCCAACAAAUUUCAAAAAAAGUCACGAGCAUCGACGAACGCUUAACAAGAAUGGAAGAGUACACUAUACAAAUUCUGGAUAUGCUUGCGAACGUUAAUGGUCCUCUGCCCUCCCCUGCGGAGGAGCGUGAAGAUGCCAUGUCGGAGACCAGCUCGUUGAACAUUGAGUACAGGGAUCAGGAUGAAUUUUCACCCAGAGUUGGCCCUAAAAGAAUGUUCAGCCGUAUGAUGAGUGUCCCAGCGUAUGUACACCGACAGCAAGCAAGCUCAAGUCUCCGUCCUACACCUAUGUACUUCAGACAUAAACUUCCAAACAGCAAUCCUUAUCCAUCUUGGUACCGUCAAUUAUCAAAAAGCAACUGGCACCGGAGCAGCCUUGAGAAAGCAAUCCGUAAAUUUAAAAUGCCGUUCCCAGGCUAUGCUCCGCCAGUGUACACUGCGCUUGAUAUGAUUCAAACUCCGGAGUGGGCCGACGUUGAUCUUUUGGAACCUGCCUAUCAACAUGUAGAGCUGAAUUUCAAUGACGUUGGAAAAGGAGUUGAUCGAAGAAGCUACAUGAAAAUUUACGAAGUUGUCAACGGUAUUCCACGAAAUCCAAUGGGUCGAACGGGAAUUGCCGCGAGAGGUCUUCUUGGCCGCUGGGGACCAAAUCAUUUUGCUGACCCAGUUAUUACCAGGUGGAAGAGGACUCAAGAUGGAGCAGUUGUUGAACGUUUCGGCAAAUGUGUUAUGGAAUUUGUUGCAGUUCAAUUACGCGACACCUUGGAAUGGGCGUUACCAGGGGGAACUGUUGAGGCCGAAGAGACGUUUCCAACCUACCUUCGUAAUGAAUUUUCCGCUGAGGCUCUCUGUUCUCCAAGUGCGAGUGAAGACGAAAAGCAACUAAUGUCUGAACGUCUUGAGCAACUUUUUUCCAACGGUAUUCCGGUUUACAAAGGAUAUGUGGAUGACCCGCGUAACACAGACAAUGCUUGGAUGGAAACAAUAGCCGUGAGUUUCCAUGAUGAUACAGGACUCAUUUUGGACAGCGUUCAUUUUAAGACUGGUAUUAACGCCCGCGGUCUCCAAUGGCAGGAAGUCAGCAAUCACCUCAAGUUACAAGCCAAUCACAUUCCAUUCUUGAAGCGAGUUGCAGAGCUUCAUGGAGCCUUGUACUAGCCACUAUCCUCAUCGGCUCAAUAGAGGAUUAGGAAUGGGCUGUUUGCUUUUUAUAGAGAAUGCUUUAUUAUUAACCAAUAAAAUAAGGAGCCAUCGAAUAAGGCGAAACAGUUUCUCAGAAAAUACCGUAAAAAAAUCAAAUCCGAACCAAAAAAAUUCGAAAGUUCACCCUCUCCCCAUUCCUUUCAGAAAAUGAUUUGCAUCACUUGUUGAUGUAAGCUGUGUUAACUACGUGGAUAAUGAAUAAAGGGGGUAGGUUUCUGAAGAAACUGUGGUGUUACGUCAGUGGAAGAUAUUAUAAGAUAAUUAGGUUUUAUCAACUGAGUUGAUGAUGUAAUUUGGCCACCGUAGAGUUCUAAAGCUGACGUUUCGAGUGUUAGCCUUUCGUCAGAGCGAAGGGAUAAUGGACUCCUUUUCUCUUCGCCAACUAACGAAAAUACUCUGUAAACACAUGCAAGUAUUAUCUAUCGACUUGAGGUCUUCCUCGAUUUAACCUUAAGCAAGUCUUUUAUUGGUGACCUUAAACAUGCACAGUAUUUGGAGGGAAUUUUUUUUGAGGAAGAAAUGCAGCGACGUUUACAUGAAUAAGUUAAUGAAUCUAGUUUUUUGUUCCACGAUACGUAUUAUUGUCACAUUUAAUCUACUGGAGGCGAUCUAUCGACUUGAUUUGAGGAGUUAAUGAAUGCAAUGAGAAACUCGCAUUGAAGUUUUUAGGCUCUGAGCCAACGUAUCUUUAUGGGAAAUUAAGUUGGCUCUGAACCAACAAAACAGGGUUUUUUUUUUAAUGUUGAGUUUUGUGAAUAAUAAAUAACGAAACUUUUCCGAUCCUUCAUUAAAUCAGUGAUUAAAAUCGAGAAAAUUUAUGACAAUGGCAA